UUCGCCACUAAGUACUCUGUUUUCUCUUUCAAACACGGCUCACUAACACCAAAAAAGGCCCAUUCUGUAACUGAAACAGAGUACUCUAUUUUUUCUUUCUUUUGUUUUGUCUCUUUCCUGUUUCCUUCCCUCCUCCUCCUCCUCUUGCUUCCCCAAUGGCGUCCAAGCCUAACUCCCAGAAGUAUCCCGACGCCGAGAAGGCCUCCAACGGUGACGCCUCCGACGAGCGUUGUCCCGUGGAGGAGGUGGCUCUGGUGGUGCCGGAGACCGACGACCCUUCUCUUCCGGUCAUGACUUUCAGGGCCUGGUUUCUGGGUAUUACCUCCUGCGUUCUCCUCAUCUUCCUCAAUACAUUCUUCACCUUCCGUACUCAGCCCCUCACAAUCUCCGCCAUUCUCAUGCAAAUCGCCGUCCUCCCCAUCGGAAAGUUCAUGGCCUCCGUUCUUCCGACCAAGGAGUACAGCUUGCUCGGCUGGAGAUUCAGUUUGAAUCCAGGGCCUUUCAACAUCAAAGAGCAUGUGAUUAUCACUAUCUUUGCUAACUGUGGUGUCUCCUUCGGAGGAGGGGAUGCUUACUCCAUCGGAGCCAUUACUGUCAUGAAAGCUUAUUAUAAACAGACCAUCAGCUUCCUCUGUGCUCUUCUCAUCGUCUUGACCACCCAGGUUGGAUCUCUCGGUCUUGGGAUAUAUGGCUGGGCUGGGAUUCUGAGGAGGUACCUGGUUGAUCCUGUAGAAAUGUGGUGGCCAUCAAACCUUGCUCAAGUCUCUCUAUUUAGGGCACUCCAUGAAAAAGAGAAUAAGACAAAAGGCUUUACAAGGAUGCAGUUUUUCCUCAUAGCCAUGGGAGCAAGCUUUUUGUACUAUGCCCUCCCAGGCUAUCUCUUCACAAUCUUAACCUUCUUCUCCUGGGUCUGCUGGGCCUGGCCCCACAACAUUACGGCCCAUCAAGUGGGCUCGGGCUACCAUGGGCUGGGUGUUGGGGCCUUCACGUUUGACUGGGCCGGGAUUUCUGCCUACCAUGGAAGCCCCCUUGUCGCUCCCUGGUCUUCCAUUGUUAAUGUUGGGAUAGGCUUCAUCAUGUUCAUCUACAUCAUUGUUCCUGUGUGUUACUGGAAGUUCAACACCUUUGAUGCUAGGAAAUUCCCAAUAUUCUCAAACCAGUUGUUCAAAUCUGAUGGACUCAAGUAUGAUACCACAAAGAUCUUGACCCCUAAUUUCGAUCUCGACAUUGAAGCUUACAACAAAUACGGCAAGCUCUACCUUAGUCCUUUUGCACUGUCUAUCGGAUCCGGUUUUGCAAGAUUCACAGCAACUCUCACUCAUGUUGCACUCUUUCACGCACGUGACAUAUGGAGACAAAGUAGGUCAGCAGUGAGUAAUGUGAAGGUGGACGUGCACGCAAGGCUGAUGAGAGCAUACAAACAAGUGCCUCAGUGGUGGUUCCUCGUAUUGCUGCUUGGCAGCAUUGUUCUGUCCCUUGUCAUGUCUUUCGUGUGGAAAAAGGAUGUCCAACUUCCAUGGUGGGGGAUGCUCUUUGCUUUUGGUUUGGCCUUCAUUGUCACCCUCCCUAUUGGUGUUAUUCAAGCCACCACCAACCAGCAACCAGGAUAUGACAUAAUAGCACAGUUCAUGAUUGGGUAUGUGCUUCCUGGGAAACCAAUUGCAAACUUGCUCUUCAAAAUCUAUGGCAGAAUCAGCACCGUGCAUGCUCUCUCCUUCUUGUCAGACCUCAAACUCGGACACUACAUGAAAAUCCCUCCACGCUCCAUGUAUGUGGCUCAGUUGGUGGGUACUCUGGUUUCAGCGAUAGUGAAUCUAGCAGUUGCAUGGUGGAUGUUAGACGGCAUUCAAGAUAUAUGCAUGGACGACAAGGCUCACCACGACAGUCCCUGGACAUGUCCCAAGUACAGAGUCACCUUCGACGCCUCCGUCAUAUGGGGUCUCAUCGGACCGAGGAGGCUGUUUGGUCCCGGCGGCAUGUACCGGAAUCUGGUUUGGCUAUUCCUCAUUGGAGCAGUCCUACCUGCGGUCUGGGUUCUGAGCAAAAUCUACCCCGACAAGAAAUGGAUCCCUCUCAUCAACAUCCCCGUCAUAUCAUACGGCUUCGCUGGGAUGCCGCCGGCCACCCCCACCAACAUCGCCAGCUGGCUCCUCACCGGAAUGAUCUUCAACUUCUUCGUGUUCCGGUACCACAAACGGUGGUGGCAGAAGUACAACUACGUGCUGUCAGCGGCGCUGGACGCAGGCACGGCGUUCAUGGGGGUGCUGAUAUUCUUCGCGUUGCAAAACGCCGGCCAUAACUUGAAGUGGUGGGGCAGUGACGUGGAUCACUGUCCAUUGGCUUCUUGUCCGACAGCUCCGGGAAUUAAAGUGGAAGGUUGCCCAGUUUUUUGAGUAGGUUCUGUAGUGGUGGGGUGAAAGAAUGUCAGGUACACAAGAUGGAUUCUGAAUGUAGCCCAUCAAAGUCAAGUUCUUUAUGACUUGCCGUGAUUGUGUGUUGUGAAUGAUUUUCGUAGAAAAUUUAAUAAUAUAUAUUUGAUCUUAA